CUGUUCCUGUCUGGGGGUUCUGCCACUAUAAAAAUUUGCUAGACUUGAAAGUUUGGUGGGGAGAGCAAAAACAUAUCAUAUAUAGUUACAGAUGGACAAAAGCUUAACCUUAAUAAUAAUAACUAUAUCUACACUUUUCUGUGGGUCAGCAGCUGGAAAUAGAGCAAAGUUGUUUUCAGCAAAAAGUCACGGGAGCAUAGCUGCAUCGGUCCCAACAAGCACUGAUGGCAUCUGCAAAUCAAUGGUUGAGAAGCACAACUAUGUCUGUGAAGAGCAUAAGGUCACAACACAAGAUGGUUUUAUUCUCAGUUUGCAGAGAAUCCCAGUUGGGCGCUCUGGGGAGUCUCCAGGAAACAGAGUACCUGUUCUGUUGCAGCACGGGCUACUCAUGGAUGGAAUAACCUGGCUGCUAUUACCACCAGAACUAUCUUUAGCUUUCCUCUUGGCUGAUAAUGGUUUUGAUGUGUGGAUAGCUAACACUCGAGGAACGAAAUAUAGCCGUGGGCAUGUAUCACUUGGCCCAUAUGAUCCUGCCUAUUGGGAUUGGUCAUGGGACGAACUGGUAGCUUAUGAUCUUCCUGCUACAUAUAAGUAUGUGCAUGUUCAAACUGGACAAAAACUGCACUAUGUUGGGCAUUCACUGGGAACUUUGAUUUCUCUGGCUUCCUUUUCAAAGGAUCAAUUACUUAACAUGUUGAGAUCAGCUGCCUUACUUUGCCCAAUUGCAUAUGUUGGUCAGAUGACUUCUCCACUUGCAAGAAAUUCUGCUCAGAACUUCCUUGCUGAGACUCUAUACCGGUGGGGUAUUCUCGAAUUUGAUCCAAGAGGGGAAGCAGUAAUCAAAUUUCUUAAGGACAUAUGCAAAAAAACGGGUAUUGAUUGCACCAACUUGUUGACUUCAUUUACAGGCCAGAAUUGCUGCCUGAAUUCCUCCAUUGUAGAUGUCUUCCUAGACCAUGAGCCUCAAUCGACAGCUACAAAGAACAUGAUCCAUCUGUCUCAGAUGAUUAGAGAAGGAACAAUAACAAUGUACAAUUACAAUAAUGAAGAUGAGAACAGAAAACACUAUGGGCAGCCAACUCCUCCCGUGUACAAAAUGAAAAACAUUCCCAAACACCUUCCUAUCUUCCUCAGCUAUGGAGGGGCAGAUGCACUUUCUGAUGUUAACGACGUACAACGCUUGCUCGAUAGCCUAAAGGAUCAUGAUGGAGAUAAGCUUGUAAUUCAGUACAGAGCUGAUUAUGCUCAUGCAGAUUAUGUUAUGGCUGAGAAUGCUAAGCAAGAUGUAUAUGAGCCUCUCAUUGCUUUCAUGAAACUUCAGUAAGAAUGUGGAUUCAUUCUCUUGUUUGUUGUUGCUAGUGGAGAUCUGUAUACUUUUAUUGUGUUUGAUCAAAAUUUCUUGUGCACUUUCAGAAGUGUUGCAAUGUUAAAAUGAUUGUAAGAUACAAAGUUUGAGUACAAAAAUUCAUUUUUGACAGCAGAAAUUAUCUGUUC